CCCCGAUGAUGAGCAGCCUCAGGAAUGCCGCCCCCACGUCAGCGGGACACCCACAGCACGUUCACCAGUUUGCUUUAUCCACCUUCAAACUGCUUAUUUCAAUCCAACUUUUCUGAUCGCUGAUUCGGCGUCCCGCGCCUGGAUCCCUCCGUUUCCAUGGUUACGCUGGGGACGCCCCGGUAGGUGUUUCCCUGGAUGGCUGACGCCGGAGACACGCCGAAGGGGAAGACGCGUCGCUUUCUCUCGCAUCCCGACCGAUCGGUCGCGGUACAGACAUGCCGUUUUUCAACAACGUGUACUACCCACUUCAGUCUGAGACUCCGGGAACCCAAUCCUCAGUAGGGAUGUCUUCCCUUCUAAACUCCCCCCAGAGUCAGCCCUCCUCUGGUGCACAGUGUAGGGUGUCGGCAACGCUGGGACCCCCUGCCAUGCCCGUCUUUAAGUUCCGGCCAAGGCGGGAGAGCGUGGACUGGCGGCGGAUCAGCGCAAUCGACGUCGAGCGGGUGGCCAGUGAGCUGGACUUCCACACUCUGCAGGAGCAGAUCUCCAGCAUUACCUUCUGCAACGUGGAGCACGAGCGCUGCCCACACUGCCAGGGUCCCAUGGACCCAGUGCUGCUGAAGCUCUUCCGGCUGGCCCAGUUCACCCUGGAGUACCUGCUGCACUCCCAGGAAUACCUCACCCUCAGCCUGCAGGCGGCCGAGGACAGACUCCAGGCUUCGGGCCUAGAGAGGGAACAGCUGCAGAGGCAGCUGCAGAAGCGGGCGGACGACAUCAAGAGCAUGAAGGAGGAGCUGAAGCAGAGGAAGAAGAUCAUCUCCUCCCAGCAGUCCAUGAUCAAUGCUGGCAUGGGCAGCUACCAUAAGUGCCAACACUGUGACAAGGCCUUCAUGAACUAUUCCUUUCUCCAAAGUCAUAUGCAGAGGCGACAUCCGGAGGAAUAUGACAUCAAAUUAUUGUCCGAGAACCAGAAGAAGGUGCAGUCGCUGAAAUUGCAGGAGGAGAUCAAUAAGCUGAGGGAGCAGUUAACUCUGACCAGAUCCCAACUAGAAACGCAGCAGACAUACAUCACCAAAGCCUCUCAGGAGCAGAGUCAGCGCUCCAAGGAAGAAGAAAUGCUGAAGACCUUGGAGAGGUGGAAGGAAGAGGAGAAGGAGCGGCAGAAAAUGCAGAUGGAGGAAAUGAGGCUGAUGUUUCUCAAAGAGGCGAAGGAGCUGUCUGCUAAAAACGCUCUUCUGCAAAGUCAAGUCUCUGAAAUGGAGGAGUCCAGUCAGAAGAUGAGGGUGAACAUUUUAGCUCUGCAGGAGGAGAAGGUGCAACUGACAGGCACCUUUGGGGAGAAACACCAGCAGGACGUCCAGAAGCUCCAGCAGCAGCUGAAGAAGCAGGAAGAUCGGUGGGCAUCCAGAAUGCAGAAGCUUCAGGAUUCACACGACAAGGAAAGAAAUCAGCUUCUCGAUGACGUACACAGAGUCCGUCACUCUGCCAGCGGUGAGGAGGAGAGGAACCGGAAGCGGAUGGAGGAGCUGGACUGGAAGCUGCAGGAACAACGGGAGCUGAUCAUGUCUCAGAGGGAGCAGAUGAAGAAGCUGACGGCUCCCCCCCCAACGAGGGCGGCAGAACAGACAGUCGUUUCUUCUGUCCCAGAGCCUAAGCCCAAGUCGCAAGCACAUGAUCAGUCUGCUUCUGUCCAUAAACUGGAUCCUAUAGAGGAGCUUUCAGAGGAGGAUAAAGAUUCCAGCAUCUCGGAGAAGAAGGCGGAAAUGACGAGGCAGUCGUCAAUAAGCAUCCUCAGGAAAAACCCGAACAUAAAGAAGGAACUGCGGCCGAUUCUGGAGCAGACUCUGGCGGAGAAGCUGGAAGCUCUUGGCAUUCAGCCCGAGGCCAAUAGACUGUCGAACGGCGAACUGAAGAACGCCUUGGCUAAAGUGUCCUCUGAACGCGAGAAACGGGAAGGGCGGUUCCCAGAGUGCCGGAAAGUUCGGGAAGACCUCUUCCGCUCACUAUCCCUGAGGGUGAAAGAUAGGGAAACGGAGGGAGACUCGGCACCUGAGUUCCGCGCCAGGUCCAAGCCGCCAGUCGAAGAGAGCCAAAUGAGAGCCAGGUCUAGUAGCCUGCCCUCCGGGGUGACCCGGGUGGUGUCCAAGUCAGCCCCCAGGCUGCACGCGGCCCCUCUGCCAGCCCCUCGGAGCAAGACGGGCACUCUGGUCAAGACCUCCACACUAAGAACUCCUCCCUUCAGCUCAGAUGAGGAUUCUGAGGAGGACGAGGAGGAGGAAGAGGCCCCUCAGAGGAGGCUGCAGGGUCCCCGAGCCGCAGUCAUCAGUGUGAGCGGCCCGCUGGCGGCUCACGUCCCGCCCGCUGGGAGUGACACCGAUUGGACAGAAGGAAGUGACAUGGAGGAGAUCGACCCGCAGAGGCUGCAGAGCUACAAGCAACCAGCAGGAAGAGAAGAGAAGGCAGCAAAGAGUCACAUAGUCAAAGACCUGACUAAGGACCUGGAGAAGAAACUUGCAGAUCGUGAGGUGAAGAAACCACUGGGAGGGGUGAAUGUUUUACCGGACAAGAACAAUAUCGUGCAGGAACUCAAGAGUUCAAAGACGGAUGAAGAUGACGAUGACGACUGGGACAUUUCCUCUCUGGAGGACAAGUCACCAGCACCCAAGCUACAGGACAUUCCUGUGAAAAAGAGCUUUGAUUCCACCAAUACCAGUGUUUGGGGCUCCUCAACGGGAAAAACCAACAAAGGUCAGAAUGAUGUGGACGCCCCCAGUACCAUGAAAAGCAGCAUUGUGACAGUCAGUGACUGGAGCGUCUCAGAUGCAAUGUAAUUAUUUUCAAAGAAUGAAGGGACCAGCUACCUUCAUGUAAAUGACUUCCUUCGCAAUAGAACAAGUUUCUAAGGUGCUGCAGCAGUGUCAUGUACCGGAAAUGACCCUCACAAUCCUGUGCCUGUUCAGUAAUGUUAUUUACAGACGAAAACUAGGAUAGUGCAAAUAGAUGGCUGUUAUUUUUAUUUUUAUAUUGGUUGAGUCUUGUGCCUUUUUUUAUGAAGGACAAUAAACAUGUAGACUAUUUGUUUAUUAAACGACAAAAUGUGAUUGGUGAGGAUAGCGGGGACUGUAUUUAAAACAAUAGAGACUAAAAUGCCACCACAGGUUAUCAGUGUCCUCAUUAUGUGAUCUAACUGGCUACAUCUUAACACUAUUCAUUAAAGGGAACUUGAUUAGCUAGAUUAGCUAGAAAAUGAAUCGUUGUACGGGUGCACAGCUGUUUAUGCGCGGCACAGUUUGGCGUGUACGUACCCUGGUACGGAGAUGCUUAGGGUAUGCUUACGCCAUCCCAGGGCGGACUUCGCAUUGCCUUUGUCCAUGUUUACGGCUGUUGCCACUGAAUGCUGCAUAGGUGUUUUCUACGUAAACGCUACCUCUCCUGAUGUCAGUGGAAUAACAAAGCAGGGCUAAUUCUCCAAACUUUCCUAGUCUACUGAUAUUUUCUUUUCAUAUUCCUUCAUAUGCAGCAAUAGAUUACAGGUGAACGCACCUUUCAGAUAAGUGUUUGUUCAGGUCUCCUAGAGAUUUUGUUAGCAUCUAAUUUUAUUAAACGCAAUACAUACCAAUAAUUAUAUAUACAGUGUUUUAAAUUUUUUAAGCAUGAAGUUACAUUAAUGUUUCCCAUAUUAUUACUCUAGGGCUUGUUCUGCCUGAAAUCAUAUAUACGUGUGAUUUUCCAUAUCCAUAAAAUUCAAAAUAGAUGUGAAUGUGUCGAGUAAACACAUUCAAAAUCAAAAUGUAGAAAAUUAGUUUGCUAAGAAAUGAUUAAAGCAGGUUUUCCUAUUUAUGCAAUAUUGUUUUUUGCUUUUUUUUGUACAAGCUAUCUAUUUAGAUAGUAAUAAUUUACAGAGUGAACAUGUAAAUUCAAACUGUUCAUUGUAAUAUGUUGUAUUGAUUUGUAUAGAUAAUAUCUGAACACUAUUUUUUGGAAAAAGAUCCUGAACUUUGUGAUUAAUUUGAACUGUUGAUUUAUUUUUGUAGUUCUGGACUGGGGAGGGUGUGUUACUGCAGUCCUAAACACAGGUCUAAUUUCAAAUCUAAUUUAAAUGCUUGAGUUGUCCCUGAAUUAUACCAAAGAAGUCGUUUGGUAUUCAGUACAUGUGUGGUGACUGUCUUUUAGCUGUGGCUGAUGUAAAAAAAUGUCUAUUUUGGAAGUAUUCAUCAUUUUUUGUUGGGAAGAAAAUAACCACCACAGACGGACAGUUGGGCUUCUAAGCAUGUAAGAUUAUUCAUAUCUACUUCACACUUACUUUCAUAUAUUAAAUGAAGUUACUUUAAUAGAAUCAAA